AUGCGAGCCAUUCUCGUUAACUGGCUCGUGGAAGUCGCCGCGGAAUACAAGGUCUCCGUCGACGCCUACCACCUGGCCGUCACACUCCUGGACAUUGGGCCUUCCCAAAACGCCCAACAACCACAACAUCACCACUGGAAACGCUUUUAUGUGCACCGCAGCGACUUUCAAGCCCUCGGAUGCACGUGUCUCUGGAUCGCGUCCAAACUGGAAGACCGUACACCGCCACUCCAAGACGACCUGGUCUACAUUUCCGACCAAUCCUUUGACGCCGAGCGUCUUCGCGCAUGGGAAAACAGAAUCUGCGACGGACUCGGCUUCCGCCUUCACCGAGUCACUCCCCUUCACUUUGUCCACCAAGCAUUGCGGGCCAGUCAAGCCUGUGCGUCUUGCCAAAACCCCCAUCCCGUCCUCCGACAACUCGUCCUCUAUCUCUUGGCUUUGGGACGCUUGCCACUCACUUUGAACGCCGUUACGUCAUCACCCAGCCUGCUCGCAGCCUCCGCCGUCUACUUGGGGCGCGCCACUCUGGGCAUCACCACCGGCAAUGACGACGACCCCGCCAACGGAUUCUGGAGUCCGACGCUCUGUUACUACACGGGCUACACAAAAAAGGACUUGACGGACACCGUCCUGGCGUUACACCGUUACCAAAGUACGGUGGAUUCGUCCGAAUACCGAGCCGCCUAUCUGGAGUACAAA